AUGGCAACGGCGGUUUCACAACAAGAGCAGCAGCAUGAACAGCAGCACAAGGGCAGAAGGCUCUCCGAGGAGGUCGUCUCUCUGCUGAGGCUCAAGGAGUCCAAGAGACUCAACCCAGCCCCUCACUACGCUCCGCGCAGAGCGUCGCAAUCACAGUCGCUGAGCGAGUCCACUUUUAAACAAUACAACGAGUACGUCAACGAGAAAGAUUCGAACAAGUCGCAGCUGAGUAAGGCGGCUGCCGAAUUUAACAAGCACGCUCACGAUUUCUGGGAGAACGAUUGUGUCAUUGACGAAGACAUCUUCGAAGACUCCUCCGACGAAGAGCAAUCGUGA